AUGAUAGAAACAGAGAAGGUAAGGAGACAAGAGGCGAGGGCGACGGAGGCGAAGAAAGGACCGAGCGGGGGAGGCGAGCAAGCAAGUCAGAAGAAGUCCGAGAAGAAGCGGAAGGGGAACCNGUGCUUGGGGGUUGACAUCGAGAAGCUGUCGAACUUCGUAAGGAAGUUUGAAUUGCGGGUUUGCAUCGCGAACAUGAUAGAAACAGAGAAGGUAAGGAGACAAGAGGCGAGGGCGACGGAGGCGAAGAAAGGACCGAGCAGGGCAGUCGAACAAGCAAGUCAGAAGAAGUCCGAGAAGAAGCGGAAGGCGAACGAUGGUGUGCGCAAAAUCUCCAAUAGGGAAAAGCGCAAGCUGAGAGUCGGGUCGUGGAACGUGUGCGGGUUCGCAAGUAGUGAGCGCAAGCGGUUGGAAAUAGUGGACCAAAUAGAACAAAACGAUCUAGAUGUAGUGGGGAUCCAAGAGACGUGGGAAUUGAAGGAUGGGGACGUGGUAAGCAAACUAGGGAAAUACCGGUGGGUAGGGAAGGCAAGAAAGGGCUUAGACCCGAAGAAAAGGGGGGAGGGGGGAGUCGGAUUCCUGGUCAAGGAACACUUGUUUGACGUGGUGGAAGUAGUGGUGAAAACGGAAUUCGAGGAAAGCCUAUGGCUUAAGAUACCUGGGGAGCGGGCCGUCAGGGCAGAAUUGGGGAUGCAAUCCCUACGGUCGGGAAGAGACGCGAGGAAGCUGACAUUACAGUAUCGCAUGUGCGGGAUGGGAGAGGAGCGGUUACCGAGAAUUGUAUGGGAGGCGAAGUGGGCAAACAAGAAGAGGGGUAGACAACCCACGCAAUGGGUCAAGGUUGUAGAGGACGUAUGGAAGGAGCUCGACAUCGACGAAGAUGAAACGCUGGAAACGGAGGGUCUACAGGGGUUCAAGAAGGAUAUCUGUCGCUUGUGUCGAGAGAGAAGAACAGAGCACAGGAAAGAAUCCAAGGAUACGGAGGGUCUAGAAGUGUACGGAAUGUUGAAGGGAGGAAUAGGGUUCAAGGAUUACCUACAUGGACCAAUGGAUGCAGGAACAAAGCUUAAGGUCAAAUUCAGGACCGGGGACAUAGGCCUUCGAGAACGUCGACGAAGACAUAGAACGGUAGACGAAGAGGACGACGAGUUCAAAUGUGGUUGCGGCUUCGAAUGCGAAGACCGUGUUCAUGUAGUCGCGGAAUGUCCGUUGUACAAGAAGGAGAGGGAAGUGUACGCGACUGAGCUGGGAAAAAUAGAUAGGACGUACAGGGAGAUAUUUGAGGCAUGGAAUAGAGAGGAAAGGACGGUAGCUGUACUGGGGCAUAUGAGGUGGGUUGAAAAGGCGGGAAGGGAUAUCGUUAGGAUAGACAUACUAGGGAAGACAUUUUUGAGCCACCUUUGGCAAAGUAGAAAAGAACGAUUGGCCAUCGGUAGAGACCAGAUCGCCUGGGAUGGCGAUGCGCUUGGUGGGUAG